AUGGCCUUCAAACGUACUCUGUCCGCUCUUGCGCUGGCGCCGCAUCUCACGUCUGCCCUUUUUCUGAACACAACUCGAUCGCUCACUCUAUCAACCAGAAGCUUUCUUUCUCAACCAUCUCAGUCGCUUCUGAUAUCCUCUUCGGACAUCCGUCAUGCUCAUGGCUCCUUGGUGUCAAUUUCGUCGGCCCCAGAGAUUACCAUUACUGCCAACUCUACACAGGUCCCAUUCGACUUCCAUAGGCUCAGCUCUAUCAGCUGUAGCUUCGAAACCUCUGCAGACGCCGGGGAUACCUGCGAGUCGUUCUCCGCUGUAUGGGGUUUGACGGUCGAACAGUUUGUAGCUUUGAACCCUGGCGUUACCUGUCCUAAUCUCGUCGCCGACCAGUCGUACUGCGUGAUUGGUACCGUCUCCCCAGGCACGACCACCGCUGCUCCGGCUACGACCACUCCGACAACAACACCCUUUCCCACGCAGACAACGCCAAAACCAACGACGACGACGUCUGCGCAGCACCAACCUCAGCAGUCUGGCUUGGCAGCCGACUGCAACAACUUCUACCUUGUUUCUGCUGGAGAUACGUGCAGCUCCAUCGAAGGUCAAUAUGGCAUACCUGCGCAUCAGUUUGGUUCAUGGAACCCUUCCAUUGAUUCGGAUUGUUCCAACCUCCUAGCAGGUUACUACGUCUGUGUGGGCGUUCCCGGGGCCACGACGACACCACCCUCGAAGACUACAGAGAUGACAUCGAAGGCUGGGAACGGUAUUACGACCCCAACUCCCACUCAGUCAGGCAUGGCGGACAACUGCAACAAGUUCGAUCUCGUCGAAUCCGGAGACUCGUGUGGAGACAUCGCCACAACUUACAAUAUCCCCUUGGCGACUUUCUACUCAUGGAAUCCAGCAGUAGGCUCCGACUGCAGCGCUUUGUGGGCCGGCUACUACGUAUGUGUCGACACUACUAGCUACAGGCCGACUACUACGACCUCCGCGGGUAACGGAAUUACCACGCCAACUCCUUACGAGUCUGGCAUGGUAGACAAUUGUAACAAGUUCUACGAAGUCCAAUCCGGUGAUACGUGCGACUCAAUCGGUCAGAGCCAGGGUGUCACAACGGCUGAUAUCGAGAGCUGGAAUCCUAAGGUCGGAUCGACCUGUUCAAGUUUGUACCUGAACUAUUACAUCUGUGUUGGUAUCAAGUAG